AUGGCUCCUCCUGCUGCCCUGCACAACUCACCACACUCUGGGGCAAAACUGAAGCAGCCAGUGUCAGUCAAGUUCCCCCAGACCUUUAGACCUCCAGAGGCAGGGAGGCUGACUCUGCAGACAGCGAGGCUGAAGAUGGGCUCUCUUCACAGGGCUCAGAGCUCUAGGCAGCCCUGGAGUGCUUCUGGGUCUCUGUGGGGCUGGGCACUGUCGAGGUUACACCUGGACUGGACAACAAGGUUCUUUCAGGAGGAUGAAGAGACGCUGAUUCUGACCCACAGUGAUGAGUUGAACAGAACCUAUUGUGAAGACAACAGAUUGCCUUGCGACAGCAUCACAAACAAAAAUAAUACAGGCUCUGAUUACACCAGAAGAAACAAAACAUCAUUUAGAAGAAGCAGCCUGUCUCUGAUUGAGCAAGAUAAUAGCACUAUGAGGGAGAGACCAGCUCCUAACCUGAAGGGAUCCAGCAGCACCUUACGGCAGGAGAGUCCAGCUUUUAAAGAAACCAGAGCUACUGUAAUCUCCACUGGACCCAGUAGCAUCACCAUAACGUCAGCGGUUUCCACUGCAGACUCACUUUUGUUCAAAAACACCAGACGUUAUGGUAAAGGAAGAAGAUCUUCUGAGAUGCAAGCUGACAAGAUGGGGAGCAACAGCGAGGAGAACCCGAGUUUCAACCAGAACCAGGGUAACAAGACAAGAUCCUACAGGCUGGCUGGCCUGCUUAGAGGGAAUAUGCAAAAACUGAGACUUUCUGAAGAUAGAGAGGAGCUAAAGGAAUUAGAGAAAACUGUGGAGGGAACUUCUCAGCUCUGUAUCAACCUUGAAGAAGAGAGAGCAAGGAUGAGUUUUGCUAAUCCAGUUCAGAGCCCCCAUACCGGCACCACAGGUCUGAAUCCUACUGCCACCCUCACCGCCUGGGAGGCUGGCUGGAAUGUCACAAAUGCUAUACAGGGUAUCUUUGUCUUGGGUUUACCCUUUGCUCUGGUCCAGUCAGGUUAUUUGGGUCUUGUUCUGUUGGUUCUGUCAGCCUGGGUCUGCAACCACACAGGGAGGAUCCUGGUGACCUGUCUUUAUGAAGAGGAACAAUGUGGAGGGUCUGGCUCGGUGUCAAAGGUCAGAGUCCGACACAGCUACCAGGACAUAGUGGAGGCCUGCUGCAAAGGACUGUGGCCCAACUGUCCUGGACUGGGGGGGUGGAUGGUUAAUGUAGCUCAGGUGAUUGAACUGUUGAUGACCUGUACCCUGUAUCUAGUCGUCUCCACCAGUCUGUUGUCUGACAGUUUAUCAGGGAUGGAUGUUCCUAGAUCGGUGUGUUCUCUGGUGUCUCUGAUGUUCCUGCUGCCCUGUCUGCUGCUGACUGAUCUCAGACCAGUCUCUACGCUCAGCCUGCUGUGCUCCCUGGCUCACAUACUGAUCAGCCUGUUGGUCAUGCUGUACUGUCUGAGUCGAGCCAGCAGCUGGUCCUGGUCCUGUCUGUCUCUGUCUGUGGACCCGGAGGACUUCCUCGUCUCUGUGGGCGUCAUCAUCUUCUCCUACACCUCGCAGAUCUUCCUCCCUCCUCUAGAGGGCAGUAUGGAGGACAGAGGGCAGUUUAAUGCCAUGCUGGCGUGGACUCAUGGUGCCGCCUGCAUCAUGAAAACUAUGUUUUCUUUACUGGCCGUGUUGACAUGGGGGGCAGAGACCAGUGAGGUCAUCACAGACAACCUGCCUUCUGACCUUCAACCUCUCGUCAACCUGUCUCUGCUGGCUAAAGCCCUGCUGUCCUACCCUCUGCCAUUCUACUCUGCUGCUGAAAUACUACAGACCUGUCUGCUUGGAGAUGCUGUUUUCUCGUCGUACUCCAAACAUGGAGGUGAAGGAGUGUCUCGUCCGGCCCUUUUGGUUCGCGGUGCCAUGCUGAUGACAUCAUACCUACUGGCCCUGCUGGUCCCCAGGUUCUCCCUGUUGAUGGGUUUGACAGGCAGUGUGACCGGGGCAGCCAUGACACUCAUACUGCCGUGCCUGUUUCACCUCAGACUGCAGUGGGGCCGCCUCACUGUGAGGGACCGGCUGAUAGAUGUGUGUAUACUGAGUCUAGGAGUCAUCUGUAGUGUGUCUGGUGUGAUUUGUUCAGUAAAAAGACUGGUGGAAGGACUAUAGGAGGGAUGGAUGAUGAAUUGAUGGAUGGAUGGACAGAUCAAGCAGGUCAUUUUGAAGCACAGUUGCAAGCUCUCCUUUGUAAUAUUUUCAGCUUUAUAGCUUUAAUUAUCCACUGUACACUUUUUGCCCAGCACCAAACAGCAGAUAGACAAAGUUGGCAAAGCAAAGCCCGAUGGAGGGCAGAGCAUGUACGAAACAGAACUGUUUGUUUCUGCUUCCUCAAAGUGGCCAAACAAUUGGUUACUGCAGGUUUAAACAUCAUUAAAAAUUCUAAAAUAGUCCUAGUCCUGUUGACGUAAAAUAGACAGUUUGGGCCAACUUUUUUAAAACUUCUUAAUCUUUAAUUGAUGUUUAUUUUGAGUUCAAAUUCUUAUUUAAAAUGAUAAUGAGAUUUACUUUAAAAAAAUAAUAAUUUAACGGCUAAAUUAGUAAAUUUAAAGUGACAAACUGUGUGUCUGGUCAGGGGAGAAAUGCUCAACAUAAACCAAAGCCAGAAAAAAAAGUGGAAGAGUGUGAUUAUUCCCUUAGGAUAUAUUAGAUAUUAUCUGCAUAUAGUGAGAAAGUUUAAUAAUCUAGUAGGGAGUUAUUCAAAGCGCAAAAGAUUCAUGUGUCUGACCAUGUGAAAUCAACCCUCAAAGAGUUCAUUAUUGGAGUUGAACUAAGCCAUAAAGAAUAUGUACAAAUUUCAUAUUGUACAGUUCUACAGAAGCAGUGAAUCAAUGAGAUCGGACAGGGUAGAGUGCAUAUCAUGCAGAGUAUGUUUUUAUAUUGCAGAUAAAUAAUAAAUGAAGCUGUAAUACAUAAAGGAAAACAUCCACAUCAGUGUAAAUUUUAAAUAGAUUGUUUGUAGAGUUUGUUUUAUUAUUCAAUUUUACCAUGAAUGAAUUUGAUUAUUACAUUAUAAUAGAACUCAUCUUUUGAAAAAAAAAAGACAUUUUCAAUACAACUAAAGGUCAUGUCAACUGAUGAAGACCAUGUGAUGCAGCUGAAAUCUCCGGAAAAAGCUAGUAAUGGUCCUUGAGAUGGUAUUCAGAAUGCAAUUAUGAUCUUUUGGUGUUUCUUUUUUGAAGCAGUCUUGUCAUUUUCCCUACAUAUAAUGUACAUACUGAACAUCAUAUGGAAGUAAAAUCAUUUAGUUGCCAUAGUGAAAUAUUACACAUGAUGCCAAGUGAAGUGAGUGAUGAGAAUUAAUCAACAAUACAAAAUAAAAGUCAGUAUGUCAGCCGCAUGUUUCUUUAAGCUUCUUAUGCAUUCAGCUGUCACCAGCGGAGAUGUUUGUGGCAUUCUAUUAACCAAACCAUCAAAACUUAUUAAUCUCAUUUCCCACGCUGUCUUGAUUGUGAGAAGAAGAAGUAAAAGUAAAUAUGAUUCAUGUUUUUUGUGACUGCAUUGGACAGCAAAAGAGGACUGUCACAAAGUUGGUAAUACAGUGAUACAAGAAUGUCCCAGGUUUUUGCUCGCAUGGAGUUUUGUUAAAUAUGCUGUAAUUCAAAAGUGAACCAUGAAGAGUGCAAAUUUUGUUCCAGUCUAUGGUGUUGCUGUAAGGAGACAAGAUAAUUGUGGCAAUUAGUGGAACAAGCUGGACUACAGUACAGUUUAUUCUAUUUUUGAAGAUUUAAUGUCUAGAUGAACAUUUUUGCUGUGCAGCAUUAUUGUAAAAAUGCAGUCUUCAGUGAUUUAAAUGUGUGAACUUUAUCUUCAUUGUGAAAAUUGUCUAAUUUGGCUUCGGGGGAAAGUAAACAUUAAAAACUAUA